CUUCCUUAUUAAAAAAGUUUGUCAGGAAAGUUUAGUUGCCUUUAGUUUUACUUUUGUUAAUUGGCUAGAAAUAGAUUACUUAAGAAAAUGGCAAGUGAAGCAAAGUAAGUUUAAAUACAAUGUUUUUAUGACUCAAAAUAGAAUAGUAGCUUAACGCCUGCUUCCGGCAACAGCGCUAAUACUACCGAGUUCCAAAAGGAUGAGCUGCGCAGCUGGGGAUUACAAGGUUCAGUUUCCACUUCACGCUGCAGUUUGGGAAAAUGACUACAAGCAACUGGAAAAUAAACUUCCACAGCAUAACAUUGAGGAGGUUGACCCCAGAGGCCGGACACCAUUGCACCUCGCAGUGUCCCUGGGCCACCUAGAAUCUGCCAGAGUUCUUCUAAGGCACAAUGCAGAGGUCACCAAAGAAAAUGCAAAAGGUUGGACGGUACUCCAGGAAGCCGUGAGCACAGGGGAUCCACAGAUGGUGCAGCUAGUUCUUCAGAAACGAGACUACCUCAAAGCUUCCAAUGCUCUCCAGGGGGUACCAGAGCUGCUUGCCAAGAUUCGGGAGUCUUCAGAUUUCUACAUGGAAAUGAAGUGGGAGUUUACCAGCUGGAUACCCCUGGUUUCUCGAAUGUGUCCCAGUGAUGUGUGCCGGAUAUGGAAAAGUGGGGCAAACCUGCGUGUGGAUGCUACCUUGCUUGGAUUUGAAAAUAUGACCUGGAUACGGGGUCGACGCAGCUACAUCUUUAGAGGGGAAGGUAACUUUGCAGAGCUGAUGGAGAUAAAUCAUGAUGAAGAGGUAGUGGAUAUCGAACGCUUUGAUAUUUCUAGAGAAAUGGAGGAAGUCACAUUAGACUCCAUGCAGCCUGCUGAACAGGAAGUUGCAAAGCGUUUGACCUCACCCAGCAUUAACACUUACCUGGACACACGUCACAUCGCCUUUGAGAGAAACAAAUCUGGAAUCUGGGGCUGGAGAAGUGACAAAACCGAAGUCAUCAAUGGAUUUGAAGCCAAGGUUUUCACUGUGAACAAUGUCAAUGUGGUGAUUAGAACAAGGACAGAGCAUUUAACUGAGGAAGAGAAGGCCAGAUACAGAGAUGAGAGAAACAUUCUGGAGUCUCUCCUUGGAACAGUGGAACAGUACUGUGGAGCCCAAGGGGACCACACCUUGGAGUUUGCUUCUACCAAUAAUCCAACUGCUAUUACUCCUGAGGAGUACUUUAACCCUGACUUUGACCUCCAUGAUAGGGAUAUUGGAAGACCAAUUGAACUAACCAUCAGAACCCAAAAAUUUAAAGCAACAUUGUGGAUGAGUGAAGAGCAUCCUCUCUCCCUGGUGGAGCAGGUGACUCCUAUUAUUAACCUAAUGGCCAGGACUAGUGCACAUUUUGCCAGACUGCGGGACUUUAUCACCCUGAAAUUCCCUCCUGGAUUUCCUGUUAAAAUAGAGAUCCCACUGUUUCAUGUUCUGAAUGCACGCAUCACAUUUGGUAAUGUGAACUUGUGCAGUACUGAAGAUGUGGUAGAUCUCACUUCAAACAAGACACCUUCUCAGGAUGAGGAAGACAAUACAGCCUCUUCUAAAUCUCCAUUCAUUGUGUGCCCCUCUGUGUUCGAUGUGCCAACAAGGUACAUCCGCCGAGGCGGGGGCCGUGCAAUGCCUGUCACAAAUCAUGACGAGGAAUUGUUGCAGUUUGCCAUUCAACAGAGUCUACUAGAAUCAAAAUGUACAAAUGAGAUAACGUCCUGGGACGGAAUCAGUGGAGUUUUCCCUGAGGCCAUGUUUGAAAGCCAGUACAGUAGAACUGCCCAGGAAAGCCUGUUGAUGAACAUGCCCAUCAGUACCUGCCGAGGGGACACUCCAGAUUCAGACCUUACACUUGCCAUGGAAUUAUCUGCACGCAUCCAGGAGGAAGAGGAGAGGCAAAGGAAGGAAGAGGAGGAGGAACUGGAGCGGAUCUUGCAGUUGUCACUGAUUGACAAAUAGAGGGAAAAAGUAAAAGCACCAACAUCACUCCUGCUGCUUGCAGAGCAGCUUAUUUCAGCCAGUACUAGUGCCUGUCAUGUCACAAAGAAGACCUGGAGGUCUCUGAUCUCAGGAAUCAAGAACUAUUUAACCGCAUACUUUUAUAAAAGCAAAUGACUGGAAAAAAAGACAACAUUUAUGACUAUGUAAAGAAUCAGCUUUUAAACUGUGAAGUACCACCUUCCCUGAGCCUUUGUAUGAUGUACACUUUUAAAAUUUUAAAAGGAAGAGCACCAGCAACUGCCACUAGGCUUUAGUCUAACACAUAGCUUUCAGUAACUUUUCAUGUUAGGAACACAGCCAUGACUAACAUGGUAAAUGAACUACAUAUUGUGCAAUGAGAGCUAGUACUAAAGUCCGUGGCACAUGAAGGUGAAGGUGAAGUUGAACAUAAAUGGCCACCAGGUUGGAUUUAACAAAAAAAAAAAAAAGAAAUAGACAACAGAUGUGUUUAAGUUGGAAAGGAAAUGAAUAAGGAGCAAUUUCCUCCAGCCUCACAAGCAAACAGUAGUAGCUGUAAACCUAGACAGGAACUGGAAGUUAUUGAGAUCUAAAAAGACCAAUAAGAGACAUAACAACUACAGCCACACAGCUACAGAACGUAUUAUAAUAAACAGACUCUCCAGGACUCCAAUCAUAACACAGCUUUAGAAAAUAGCAUAAUCCUAGGAACAUCCCUAAACCAUGAAGAAAGCAACAGACACAAAGAGGCAAAUGGGCAGGAGGAGAAUCCACACAGCUGAGAGAGUGUUACAAAAAUGAUUCCCCCAUCCACCAACCCUUCAAUACCUAGAGAAAUGAAAUCUCCACAAAAUGGCAAGAGAAAGCCAGCAUGCACAUUUGGUAGAAAAGAGAUAAGUUAACCGAAAGAACUGCUUAGUCAAAAAGCCAGUAAAACAUAAAAUUGCAGAAAUAUGUCCCAUUUAUGCAGGAGGUAAUAAGCACAAUGACUCCACUUGGAUAAUAAAAAAAAAUAUAGGCAUUAGGUGGAUGCCAGUAAUGUUGUUGGUUCAUGAAGAUGUAUUCUGCUAAAUCAAGAGCAAUAAUAGAGCACUGUGGGGGGAAAAAAGUGAAAACCAAGGCAGAAUGGAUAGAGUACUGUAUUCCUAUGUGGAGAGCCACUCUCCUCCUGGUAGUAGGCAAUAUAUUUCCAGCAUCCAGCCCAUAAGAGAGGGGCUCAAAUGGAUACUAGCAUACAAUUCUUUUUAUUGCGUCCUGAUGUUAAGUAUUCCAUCAAACCAUAAUCUAAAAAACAGGACAGCACUAAGCCACGCUCUCAUUGACAAGCCACAUCUACUGAACUAAUUUGACUAGUGCAGGCAAAUGUGAGUUUUCUAUACAUGGCAGCUUUAACUGUAGAAUACCAAAGACUGAAGGAACAGUUUCCAUGGAGUUUUAUAUUCUUUAUGUUUAUUGUAUAAGUAAUAGCACCUUUGUUGUGCCACUUUCAAAAGCUGCUUGAUGCUGCCAAAUUUUAUUGACUACCACUUAGGGAUGAGUUCAAAUAAUUGAUAAUUGGUAACAUGAUUUGAAUUUCAGUUAAUUUUAAUGUAUUCAUAUUAAGCACACUUCCACUGGUGAGCCUGCAGCGCUGUAUAAUGCUUACUCAGCAGCUAUGGGGAAAAAAAAAAAUGCAUUUUAAGCAGAGCACAAUGUUGAAAUGGAGUUAUCAUGCAAUAUAUUUUAUUUAUAUAAAUAUAUACAGUAUGUAGAAAAAAACUAUAUAUAUAUAUAUAUAUAUAUAUAUAUAUAUAUAUAUAUAUAUAUAUAUAUAUAUAUAUAUACACACUGUAUAUAUGAGUUUUUUUUCUCACUGAAAUAAAAAUAAAAAAUCAAAAACAUUGGUUGCAGACAGUGUCUGAUAUGUGCUCCAUUAGUACAUGCACACCCAACUCUACUAAUUGGCUGCACAUGAAUUGAAACUUAAAGGAAGAACGCGUAUGAUUUACCAGUUGUGGACAGGCUACACCACUCAUCUAAAAACUAAUGUAGAGCUCAUCCCUACUACCGGCCUGGCAUGCAGGCCACAUUUAUUUUACUAUUUUUUUAGUUUAGUUUUUUUUUUUUUUGUACUGAUGAGUUUUUUUGCAGAUUACUAAUAUUCUGCUUUCCUACAGUAUUUCAGUUAUCAAGGGUGACCCAACUUUGUUGUCAAUCGCUUGUGUGAUGCAUUUUACUAUUUUGGAAACAGCAGGCCUGUUUGUUUUUUUGAUGCUUCCCUCAUGUGUGAUUAGCUGUGUUCUUUAAUAAAAUGAAUUUAAUAA